AUGCAUUUUGCUAAGGAAGGGCAGCCACGUCGCGGAGCUUAUGGAGAAGUAUCAUUUGGUUUUGAUAUUCAAAGUGGAAUGCCGUUUGCUGUGAAAAAGAUACCUAUCGGAGAAUUCAAUCGGAGAGAACCACGUAUUCUAAACCUCUGCGACAACCCAAACGUCAUAAAGUUGUAUGGUCUGAUACGUCGCGGAAAUUGUAUUGAAAUUAUUAUGGAGAAAGCCACAAACGGCACUUGGUUUGAGAUGAUUCUCAAUGGACCUCUUCAGCAACAGGAGACGUUGCAGUGCCUGUUGGGAGCUUUGACAGGGCUUGAGCAACUGCAUAGAUGUUCAAUUAUUCACAGGGAUUUAAAACCCAACAAUAUUGGCCUGAUGGCGGACGGGCGUGUAGUUAUUCUGGACCUAGGUUCUGCUAUCACCCCAGAUGAUACACAGGACUUUGUAGAACGAAGAGCUGGUAUGUCAGGAGGAAGAGCUAUACCUGACACAGUGGAGGGUUUUGACGCAGAGGACGACUUGGCUACUGACACUCCUGACCAACAUGAUGAACCAACGAGCGAAGCAGCUUCAGGCCCCCUCGGUGACAGGAGUCAAGCAAACAGAAACAAUGAAAACCGUGGGUCGAUUACAUGA